UUGACAACAACAUCUACAGAUUUGAGCGUGCCAAGAAAGAGAGAGAAAAAGAGGAAAGCGAAAACAUGGCUGGUUUGAUGGCAGGUUUUGGUCACUACACCCAUGCGGUUGUCCGGGGAAUCCCCGCGUCCCUGGCCAAAGAGGCGCUCAGGACCAGCCAGGCGGAGGUGGACCUGACAAGGGCGCGGACGGAACACGAGGCGUACGUCGAGGUGUUGCGGACGAGGCUCGGGCUGGAGGUGGUGGAGCUGCCCGCGGACGAGUCUCUCCCGGACUGCGUGUUCGUGGAGGACGCGGCAGUGGUGUGCGGCGAGACGGCGCUCAUCACCAGACCCGGGGCGGAGAGCAGGAGGAGAGAGACUGAAGUGAUGAAAGAGGCUCUAAAAGAUCUAAAUUUGAACAUAGUGGAAAUGACGGAUGAGAAUGCAACGCUGGAUGGAGGAGACGUUCUGUUUACAGGUCGAGAAUUCUUUGUUGGUCUUUCUAAACGGACAAAUCAGAGAGGGGCGGAGAUCCUAGCUGAUGCAUUUAAGGACUAUGCUGUUUCCACUGUGCCUGUGCUGGAGGGGCUGCACCUGAAGAGCUUCUGCAGCAUGGGAGGACCAGGACUUAUCAUCAUCGGCUCCAGUGAACCAGCUCAGAAGGCUCUUAAAAUUAUGCAGCAAAUGAGCGACCAUCGCUAUGACAAGCUGACGGUGCCAGAUGACAUUGCUGCCAACUGUGUCUACAUGAAUCUUCCCAACAAAGGACACGUGCUUCUUCACUGCACAGCGGAGGAGUUUCCAGAGAGUGUGAAGGUGUUUGAAAAGCUGAAAGACCACAUGCUGAUUCCUGUGUCCAACAUGGAGAAAGUGAAAGUGGAUGGAGCUCUCACAUGCUGCUCUGUGCUCAUCAGCAAGAAUCCAAACAUCUGAGCAUGUUGAAAAGUGAUCUUUCAGUGCAUGGUAAUCAAGCACUGCAGCUGGUAAACAGCUUAAUGUUGAACAAAAAGAGCAAGUUAGAGGAGAGAGGAGCACUUUCAGUGGUUUUUAUUGCAUAAAAUCUAAAGGGAACCAUCAGGUCAUCUCUCAAGUACGCUGAAAUUACAAUAAGACUACCGGUAGUUAAAAUGUGAGAGUUGUUUAGACGAUCAACAUAAAGCAUCAGGUUACCAACGUCUUUAUAAAAAAUCAGGAUUGAUAAUCGAGCUAUUUUGCCCCAAAACUUAACACUGACAGUGCUCACUAUGUAAACGGUGAACAACAGGACCAAAACAGCUGUCUCUUAUAAUGUUAGAUAUGGUUUAAAAUCAGUAGAGGAAUGUAUGUGCCAUGUUGAUUUACAUCCUUGAAUCUUAUGAGGAUUCAUAGCUUAUGUAUUGACUAAUCUGUGAAUACCAUUCAGUGUUUAUGACCCUUACAGAGAACCUCAAUGAAAUUAACACAGAUUCAAUAGAUUCCUAUUUUGUCAUUGUAAGCUGAAAUAUUAAUAACAUUGUUCAACAGAUCCAAAAGAAGAUGUGUAUAGAGUUAGCUUAUAUUGUUUACAUGCACCAUUUUGACUGUGAUUUACCUUUUGUGUGCUCUUGUGCCUACAUAGUGUGAGUAAACUUGCAUUUUUAAAGAAAUGUAUUCUGGACCAACAUCAAAGAAACCAGUUCAGCUAGAACUGUCACCUAAACCAUAGUUUCACUUUUAUUACCCAUUCACAGCAAAAUUCUGACUGUUUCCAUACACUUGGUGCUGAAUCUAAUUCUGAAAAUACAUAAAUAUGUUUAAAAAUGGCAAUGUAGCAAAAAGCUUGAAAAGUCUUCUGGUAUGAUGAUUGUAAACUUCUUUUUUUAAUCCAUUCUUGUUUUGAUGUUAAAAUGUCUGCCCCUCAAAAUCCAUUAUCACUCUUACUUUUAAUAACUCUUGAUUAAACAAAUUGUUCGUUAAAAUCCAGUUUGCUAUGUAAUACUACACAACCACCAACAGUUACAGCAUGUUUGUUGGAAAAAAAAAAGAUUAAUUAAAAUAUAGUGUACCAACCAUGCAAAGAUCAUGAAUGUAGUGCCUCGCAUAAGAAAUCACACACAUUCAACUUUUUUCACAUUUUAGUCAUGUUACAACAACAGAUAUUGCAUUUCACUUCAUGUAAUAGACCAACAGAAAUUAGUGCAUAUUUGUGAAGUAGAAGAAAAUUACACAUAGUUUUCAUUUUUUAAAGUAAAACUUUGAAGAGUUACAUUUAUUAGUAUUGAACCUUCUUAACUCUGAUACCUCCAAAUAGCAACCAAUUGCCUUUAGAAGUCAACUAAUUAGUUAAUAGUGCCACCUUUGUGGGAUUAAAUUUCAGUAUUAAUGCAGUUAUUCCUUAAAGACCCAAUAUUAGACCCUUAUCAAACAAUCAUGAAGACCAAGAAAUACAAUCAUUUUGUUGUGGCAUAAAAUACGGAGAAGAUUAUACUGUACAACCCUAUUCCAACCUUUGAAAACCUCGUUUCUGAAGUUGAACAAACCAUUUCCACUUUGAAACAAGGUGUUGGUAUCGUCAUACUAUGGUGUUGCUUUUUUAUCAUCUCUUACCAGGAGCUGGUAAAAGAUGAUAAAAUAAUGAUGAUGGGGAAUAUGACCAUAGUUUAAGGCAGGGAAAUACUGGAAUAAAAGCUGACUGGGAUAGAUAUUCAUGCAUUGCUUUGUGGUAAAAUAUCACAUAAAAUACAAGGUAAUGUAUGUACCCUAUUUACAUAAGGUAAGAACAUUAACAUUUGUGGUUUUAACAUGACAAAAUGUAGAAAAUACUUUUUAAGGCACUGUAUGUUUUUAUUGAAACCAACACAACCCUCCUUCCUACUUCUGCCAGUGCCUUUGUGGAAAAUCAAUGACUUUUUUCCCGCUGAACGACUCUGAGGUUGCUGCACUUUCUCCAACAUCAUUAGUUCUGCCUGUGUUUUUGAUUACACUGGAUGUUUGUUAUUCUUGUUUGGCAGUUUUUCCGUCAGAAUCUGAUGUAUGCCAUCCUGUCAGCACUCUCUAUAGCACAAAAUUCAACAGGACCAAAUGUGAUUGCAGUCAGAGUUUUCAGGACCAGUUAACCACAGCCGUGUGAUGAGCUUCCAGUAGAAGCCUACCUGAUGUUGUUGCUGCUUAAGUAGCUUCAUUUCCGUUGUUGGCGAAUUCGUGUUUGAGGCCUGUAAACAUGACAACACGAUAAAUACAAACACAUGUCCACAACCCUGCAUGUCCAUCACAUCUGAGGCAGCUCUGGUUCUCGGUGUGAUUGUCUGUGAAAGUUGAGGAAAUGACAUCAGGAGGUGACUCAACCUCCCCCCAUAGACAUUAGCGUAUGGGCAAGUGGGCAGUGAUGAAACAUGGAAAGAAUUCAUGUCGGGAGGAAAAGCAGCUUGGGGAGUAAACACUGGCCCUUUCAAAUUUUCUUCUUCUGUUGCCUCUCACUUUGAACACAUUCUGUCUCUCACCUUUCUCCUAAUUCCUCAUGGACAACAUUGGGCUACUUUAUGACUGUGACAUCAUAUGCCCUGGCAGACGCUGCUGAUCUGCUGCUGGUGUGAUAGCAAACAGUAGUUGGACUGGAUAGUUUUUUUUCUAAUGCCUUAGCUGCAGUAUAAUGAUCCCCCAUACUUGGACUGUAAUUCAGAACUAAUAUAGAUAAAUUGCAAAAUUAUCUAAAUUUGGGUUCAGAUAAAAAUAUCUUAAAGCUGUUAAAACGUCAAACAUGUAGGGUUUACAUCCACUCCUAGUUGUUAAAGUGUUAUUGUUCCAUCUCAGGUGUUUUGGUUUUAAUUCAAAUUGUUGAACUCCUCUAUACUUGAGCCUUUUCCUCUUUUAUGAAUAAAUUAACAUUAGCUUUCA